ACCUCCUACUGAACGCUCGUACCCAGUUGGCUCUCAUCACCGCGAUGUUUGCGAUGUUUCCGUCUCCUCCUAGCCUCAGAUAGACGGAGGUGAUGUAACGGUGAUAUGUAUCGGACGUUGAUAUGUGCUUGUUGGUGAUUAUGUGUGCCCUGGCGCUGAUAUGGGAUGCAACGGGAGCGGCAGUCACCGCUGAUAACAGGACUCCUGUGAUAAGGGGCGACUGCCUCCACGAGUGUGUUCCAAGAUGUAAACAGCUGACUAUAAUGAAGGAUAUCACCUGUUGUGACUGCAUCACUAUGUGUGAAACAGCUUGUGGAUCCUCGAAGAUAGACUCUAACCUUCUGGAGGACAGAAUCACCCAUCCUCAGACUCCUCUGUGCUCCUGUGAUCCCGCGGACGUCGUAGGGCGAAGACCCAGCGUCCCCCGUAGGACGAGAAGACGUCCCUCGAGGUCGCCCAUGUUGAAGGAGGCUGCUAUUAUCGCCCGGAGCGUCGGCUUGGAACUGGCACCUCGGGAUAUAGGAUCGGACAGCAGUGAUGUAACUACUUCUAAUGAAAAGGUGGUACUCCGGCUGGUGUCCUUAGUUCCAGAGGAGGACUCCCUGACCGCCGUAGUAUCCUGGGACUCGUCGUCCCCUAGUCUGUCCCCUGGCACCCCCUGGUACCUGGUGACCUGGGAACCCCAAGGGGGCGGAGUCCGGGGAAACCUCCUGACAAACUCUACCUCAACUUCGCUUACUCUGUGGCCCGAUAAUGUAUAUCAAGUCCACGUAUCCUCCGCCAGUUCUAGGACGGCCAGCUCCUGCCUGGAGGUCGACACGCACUACGUCGCUACCCUCGCCCAGGACGUCACCCCGAGGGUCGUCCCCUGGAGGGUGGAAGUCCUCGGAGUCACGGCAGCUGUGGUGUUGUUCCUUGUAGUUCUCGUAUCUGUCACUAGAUGUCGCUCAUCCUCGAAACAUUGUGAUCAAAGCCACCAAGAUUGUGACCGAUACAAACUGUACCCGCCUCCCGUCACGUUACAUCACGCUAACGUCACGCUAUCUACAGAACACCUAGCGUAGCCGGACCAGCAGCAAGCAGCAUACCAAAUAAUAGCAUAAGCCACUUUGUACUUAUUUGUAAAUAAAUAUGUGUA